UCGGGCUGGGGCGCUGCGGGGGGUGUUAAGCACGGAGCAGGGAGAGGCUGCUUCAGCGGGGAGAGGAUUUUCUGUUCUCCUCCUCGCUGGAUGGAGAAAUAGACUUGCUCUUACAUUGCCACGGGUGAGCACUGCUUUUGUGUACUUUCUUAGCUGCUAAAUCCACCCCGAUUUGCUGAUGGAGGCUUUGUUGGAAGGAAUGCAAAGAAAUGUGCAAGGGAGUGGUGGGUUCUUGACUUCCUGCGAGGCUGAGCUGCAGGAGCUGAUGAAGCAGAUCGACAUUAUGGUGGCUCACAAGAGGUCUGAGUGGGAAGGUCAGACACAGGCUUUGGAAUCUUGCUUGAGUGUUCGAGAGCAGGAGCUUUCCUUGGCCAGGGCUGCUCUGGAGGAAAAAUAUAAGGAGGUUGGCAUGUUGCGUCAGCAGCUAGAAGACAUAGAAACAGCCAAACAGGACUUGGUUAGAGAAUACGAACAGCAACUAAAGAAAUUUCAAGAGGAGUUGGCUAGGCUGAGAAGAAGCUAUGAGAAGCUGCAGAAGAAACAAAUGAGAGAAGCUAGAGAAGAAUCUAACAAGAGACAAGGGGAUGACCAGUUUGAAAUGAGACGACUGACCAGAAAGCUGGAGGAGUUUCGUCAGAAAUCACUUGACUGGGAGAAGCAGCGUUUGCGUUACCAGCAGCAGGUGGCAUCGCUGGAAGCACAGAGGAAGGCUUUGGCUGAGCAGUCUGAGCUCAUUCAGCAGACUCAGCUUGCCAAUAGGAAGCAGAUUCUGGAGUCGGUGGAGCUGGCUAGCCGAUCGGAAAUCCAGCACUUAACCAGCAAGCUGGAGAGGGCCAAUGAUGCUGUCCGUGCCAACGAGCUGGAGGUGGAGAGGCUUAACAUGAGAGUGGAUGAUCUGACUGAAAACAAUCGGAUGAUUCUGGAAGAUCAGCAAAGAGUUCAAGAAGAACUAAGGCAAUCCAAGAAGAUGUUAGAGGUGUUACAAGAUGAGAAGAUGGAACUGAGAGCCACCUUGCAGUCUCAGGAAGAUUUCAUUGACAGCUCCAAGCUGCACCAGGAACAGUUGCAGAAAGAGCUGGCCAGAGUGACUGAAACUCUUCACACAAAAGAACUCCUCAUCAGGGCCUUGGAGGAGCGCUUGCAGGAGAGGCAGUUGUCUUCUCCAGGGGUAGAGCUGGAGCAUGUACUCCUGCAGCUGGAUGUUGCCCAGAAGAAGGAACAGCACUUACAGUCAGAGGUGACUCACCUUGAGAACAGCCUGGUGUCUUCAAAUGCAAGGUGUGUACAGCUGAGCGAAGAGCUGGCUGAGAAUAUCAAAGAGCUGCAGUCCAUGGAAGAGCACCAUACUGAGUCGAAGGCAGAGAUUAAAAAGUUGAAAGAAAAGCUCUGCCAGGCUGAACAAACUCACAGAAGUGAGCUAGAAGGAAUGAAAAAAGAAAUCUCGAGACUGACACAAGAGUUACACCAGAGGGACAUCACAAUUGCAUCUGCAAGUGGUUCCACAUCAGACCUAGAACAACAGCUGAGAACAGAAAUUGAAAGAGCAGAGAGGAAAGCAGUGGAGCACAGGGUAAUUCUCGUUCAGCUGGAAACCUUGAGGCUGGAAAACCGUCAUCUCUCAGAGAUGUUGGAAAAAAUGGAGUUUGGUAUGCGAGAGGGAAAAGAUGUCACCCUGAGAGCACUCAGUGAAGACUCUGCUACUGAAUUAAAUAAAUUAAAAUCGGAGAACCAGCAAUUGCAGAGGGAUCUAGCAGAGGCCAGAGCAAAACUGGAGCUCACUACCCAGGUCUGCCAGGAUGAACCCGAGGGCGCUGCUCAGUUGCAAAGCGAAGAGCCCAAGACCAGGGAUGUGCACUGCAGGACAACUAGGGAAUCACAGCACAAACACGAUGAACAAACAGAGAAAAUGCAUCACAAGCCUGACAAGAUUAUUCAGCAUCAUCAAGGGGAGCCCCAGGGAUGGGAGAUCCAGCCUUUGCCUGCUGACAUUGGAGCUGUGAUCCCCGAGACUGGUGAGCUAACCACCCAGACCAGCAGGAAGGGCUGCCUGGAGUCACCCACCCUUGCUCCGGAUUCCUUGCAGGGAACAGAUUCUUUGCUCCUCGUGCUGGAUGACAGCAAAGGUUUUCCUGAUGGAGCGUCUAAGAAGUGCAUCUCAAAUCAUCAGCGAGAAUCUGUGCCUUUGUGCCCCCUGCCUACAGCUUCAGUUGGAUCAAUAGCUGCGAGAUACCUGGAAGAGGAAGAGCUGAGAUCCCAGCACAUCCUGGAAUGCCUAGAUGCUCACAUUGAGGAACUGAAAAAAGAGAGUGAAAAGAUAGUGAGACAUUUUGGACACCAGGAGUAGUGUUUCUUCAAGUGCACUGCUUUGAAUGCUACUUUACUUGCAUGGUUUCAAACUGCCCCUGAAGGAGGUACCUAAAAGCAGUUGCCGUUGGGGCUUGAGCGAGAGGCCUUGCCUCCUGCUCUGAGCUGGGUCAGCAGGCUGGAUACCGAGGAAAGGAAACUCCUCUCUAAACGUUUGAUCUGAUGAAGGGCAGUACUCCACCACAAACCUUUAGUCAGCAGGCUGUGGGACACAAGGCUGCAUCAGAGAUACGUGUUUUUGUGCUCGGUCAGAUUAUGGUGUUUUUAGAAGCAUUUGCUAUUUUUAAUGUAUUUAAAGUGUAUUUUAUACAUGUAAAGCAUUGAAAUAAAGUAAAGUGGAAAACCGUC